GCUAAACAUAAACAAAAGUUGCGAACUUUGAAAUGCAGUUAGAUAACAAUUGUUCUGUUGAAACCAACUAGGAAAGCGAUAGUAACGACGAUGAUUCUAAGGCUACUCUCAUCGGCCAACGGCCACUUCGGUAAAACCAUUGCCAGUCUGGCCAAUGCACGAACCUGGUGUCCAGUUCCGGGGAAUAUGUUUCAAUCCGUAAUAUGUCGGCAACGGUCGACACAAGUGCCGGCAAAUCGUGUUUACGAUGUGAAUACCAAAGUUCCGAAGGAUGUAAUGCUGUUUAAGUACGAAAACCCGCGAUUCUUCAAAAUGUUGAACAUUUUCGCAGUGUCGCAGUUUCUCUUUUGGGGCUACCUAUGCCACUUUUCAUACACCACCCUAAAGGAUGCUCCCGUACAGGAAGAAGGAAAGGAGGAUCUUCCAUGGUACAAACGGGUGAAUUUGGGCGAAAAUAAGUAUCGCAAUGGAAUUGCAAUUAUGUGCUUUUUCAUAGGUUACGGUGUAUUGUUCGCUUCGUGGAUAUUCACACUGCGAUCCGUGCGUUAUUUGGUGUUACGGAAAGGUGGAGAUAAGGUCAGCGUCAUCACGUAUGCUCCGUUCGGCACGAACCGCAUCAUGGAUGUUCCGCUGAAGUAUGUUUCUGCGCAAGAGUCUAGAGAAGCUGCUCGUGUCACUGUACCGGUAAAGAUCAAGAACAAGGCAUUGUUUUACAUGCUAGAUAUGCGAGGGGAGUUUACAAACACUAAGCUUUACGAUUAUACGGUCGGUUUAAGUCGGAAGCUUAAAUAGUGUAAAAUAAAUGUCUAAUAGGAAGUUACAUUGAAUUGUCCUAUAUUCUCGCCGGUUUUGCAUUUUUUCGUCUUGUUGGAUGAUUCACGUAUGCUCUUAUUUUCUAAUUUCAUUUCUUUCCCUCCGUUUUUUGUCUUGCUUAAGCGUGGCC